CGACGUCUCAAGUUUCUGGAGCCAAUACAUGGAUAUGCACUGAUAGGCCACGUCAUUAAAAACAUUUCAUUACCAGUUGGAAUGCAUAUGUAUAGUCACUGCAGAAACUGGUGUACUAUGGAAGACAGAUGUACAUCGAUCAACAUGGUACCACGAGAAAAAAAUGAAAUUAUAUGCCAGCUGAGUGACUCGGACCAAUUACAACACCCAAAUGAUCUGAAACCGACGGCAGGCUUAAUAUAUAGAGGAACGGAGGUAAAAAUUGUUUUCUGUUCGUCAGCGUUGUUUACCUUUCAAGAGAUUUUCCUAAGCCCUCUGCGAGUCCUCACCGAAUCAGAUCAGGAGAAUUCAUAACAAAACUUUUCAAAUUAGAGCCCGAGAACUUUGCAAUCGAACCAAUAAUAAAAACAAGAUCGCUUUGGGUGCCCUGUAGGAUUCGUCAGCAUAGAUCACUAUCAAUGACUACAGGCGUAUAAUGAAUCAUUCGAUCAUCACGUGCCGUUAGCUCAAGGAGGCUCAGCAAUAAUAGAUAUUCUGAAAUAAUCAGCGGGAAAAGUUAAAGAACCUUUAGCUCUAUAUUAUUUUCCACCAGAAUAAGUGCUACUUCAACAAGUGCUACAACAAGGCAACUUGCUUGGUUAGAUUUACGGACAAGGAAUAUAAGUGUAUAUGUCCACUUGGAUACACAGGAGAACAUUGCGAAAAAGGUAAG